AUGUCGUCAACUGCUACCUCGACACCUAGGAAGAGAAAGUUGAGCGUAGGCGACGAGACUCCUCGAAGGAGCGUAAAAGGGAAAAGCAAAGCAGGUCCACCAACACCCAAUCCACCUUUAGUCCCCUUUCCUACACCCCCUCAUACUCGAACUCGAAAAGCCAAGUUUGUCGAGCCAAUCCUCCUACAAGAAGAUCAACCUGUCCCUUCAUCCUCCAAGCACUCCACAUCGACCGACAGUCUCCCUCCUCAUCUUCAAACCCUCUUAAACCUUCAUCACUCGUUCAACCUCGCUUUGUCACUCUACAUCGCCACACAUCCACCGAUCUUACCUCCUCAUCCUCCAUCAGCCACUUCCGUCUCCUUACCUAAUCUGACCAACUUCCUUGCCAUACGGGAGACUGUCGAAAGGACAUCUGGUCGUCGAUUCGGUUUACAGGAACUAAGUCGUCUAGCAUGGGUAUGGACGUGGGACGGGAAGAGUCUACCAGACGAAAAAGCGAUAAGCGAGAAGAACAAAAGAGCGAUGAUUGAUGAAGAUGACGAUGAUAAUCCUUUCUUGGUCCAUACUACCCCUAAAGCCAAAACGACCGCUGCGGAUGUGGGAGCAGGACAAGUAUCGGGAUUGAGCUAUCUGAUCACACCUACUCGAACGUUAGAUCCUCAGACAGGACGAAGGGUAUAUACACAUGGACUGGGGAUUGAUCUAGAGUUGAGGAAAGGUGAGACGAGGCAGGUCUUGCAUGGUGGAGCAGAAGGUGGGAUAGGCAACAAGGGUCAGGGAGGGGGUAUGGGGGCGGUCGGAAGAUGGAAUACGAAUGGAGAUGUGAGGCAUGAAGUGUUUAGAGAAAGGUUGGAGAAGUGGGUAGAAUUGAAUGGUGGCUAUGAGCCACCUGAAAAGUCGAUAUUACCUACACCUACAACAUCUGAAAAUUCCACUCGAUCGUCGAUACCCCCUAUACCAGUAUUACCCCUACCUCAUUUACCUUCUUCUACCCUUCUCCCCUCUGCCAAUCUGUUCUCGUCUUUCUCCUCUCCGACUACCACGCUAACCCCUCAAAAGGCUCAUCCGAUACCUUCAACGGAUUCACCAAAGACAGCAGGACUGUCUGAUCCGUUCGAGUUGACAGAUGAGAAAGACGACAAGAAAGGGAAAGUGGUACGGCCUGGUUCAGUAGAUGAGAGAAGACAAGCUAUGAUGGAUCGAAUCAAAGCUCGUUCUGGGAAUAGCAAAAAUCCAUUAUCGACGUUAGGUUCAUCUGCUGGAGGAAUGAAAAGGACAAAUUUGCUGUCUGCUGCAGGGCAGCAAGAGGAGCUGAAGCGGAGGUCGACGUUGAGUAGACUGGAGGGUAUAGCUGAAGGCGUCUGGAUGAUGUUCUCUGCCCCUUCACCUGGUCCUAGCACAUUACCUAGUGCUCCUCGAGGUAGAAGGAAAGCUAUACCCAUGACGGAAGUAGCAGAUGUAAUCGUAAAAAGUUCUAAAACUCCUAUAUCUACCGCCGAAGCUACCUCCUCUUUGCAACUUUUAACAGGACUCUGCCCGUUCUUUCUGACGAUCAAGCAGAUAGGUAAACAAGAUUGGUUAGAGAUGCCUUCAACGCUAGCUGCGCCUCCUUCACCUGGAUCAUCAAGUACGAUUGCUCAACCACCUUCUGUGAAUGGAGGUAGACUCGCUCCUCCCUCACCUUCAACUCCCGGACGAGCUUCCACUUCUGUCGAAUUGGCUGGACCGGCAAGUCCCGGACGAGUAAGGAGGGUAGGUGGGUUAAGGGAAGUCAGAGAGAGAAUAAGAAGAGAGUUGGGCGAAUGA